UGGACACGUAGGAAGUGGAAGCUUAGAAAUUAAUUGAACAUUUUCUUUUCAAUUGCUUCUGAUUAGUUUUUCUUUGACCAUUUCCCUCCUUCCCACAGAUCUGUUCUCAAGCUAAGCCGCUCAGCACAGAAAAUCACGCAGAGCUGGUCCAUUGUAUAAUUCUGCUAGCCCGUUCUUCUCCGGAGGAUCUGAUAGCAUUUCUGCACUCCCAGCUGAAGAUUAAGAAUGAGGCUGUUUGCGUGACGUCUUUGAAUCUGCUCAGAGCUAUUGUUGAUGCUGACUUGCCCGAGACAGGAGAUAAAAAGUAUCUGAUUGUGAAGGCAGUGAAAUCCACUCUGGGUGAUCAGAAUGCUACGGUGAGGACGGCAGUUCUUCAUUUCAUCCGGAAGCUGCUCAGCUUGGAAAGUGUGGAGAAUUGUGCAGCAUGGGAGAUGGUAGCACAUGUUUUCAUGGAGUUCAGAGUGUCCACCAGCAAACUGGCUAUUCAGGAAGAAAACACUAUCCAAACCCUGUGCAUUGACAUCCUGCAGUGUCUGGACACCUCAGUCAGUGGAAUGACCCAAGUGCUAUGGCCAAGGCUUCUAGAAUAUGUGGUGCCAGCUGAGUACACUGGCACUUUGAAGCCUCUCUGCAGAUGCCUUAGGGAACUGGCUGAGAAAAAGCAGCAGGAAGGAGAAGAAGCUGCUUGCCUGGACUACGGUGGACCAGUGAAACUCCCUACACCCCAGGGGCUGCUGGCACGACUCCUGGUAGUAGCCUCAUCCCCUUAUUCAGGAGAAGGACACGGAUGUGCUGCCUUGCAGUUACUACAGGCCCUGCACCAAAAUAUCCAUGCAGCAGUGGGUGAGAUGUGGAUAGUAAAGAUCCCAUCUCUGCUGCAGUACAUUGAAGGAAACACAGAGAAUUCUCUGGACUGUGCGCUGUGGGAGCACAUGCUGCUUCAGUUCCUAAGAACAACUCUGAAGAUGAUAGACGACAGUGCUUGGAGCAGGCAGAUAAGCCUUGAGUUGAGCCAGCAGAUGGCCGGCUAUGCCAGCCCCUCCAAUGAGAAGAGUUUCCUGUAUAAGGCGCUAGGAACGUCCUUGGCAGUUUGUCAGGACCUGGUCCAUGUUAAAUCACAGCUUUGUAAAUUUCUGACAACAACAGAUUAUAUGGAAGUCCCUGAGAGACAGAGAGUCAUUUCCAUCCUCGCAUUCUCUGCUGAGAGCCAUCUGGACCUCACCCUGAACGCACUUCAGGAGUUUGGGGCUGCAAUGAGCAAAGUUAAGAUUUCUGGGUUCAUCAGCCGCCUGAAGGACUACCACCAUGGGAAAAGAGGCAAGACUCACAGCACCCUAAUGCUGGCUUACAGCAGCGUGGCUGUCCAUGCUCCAAAAGACCAGCUUCUUUCCCGAGUAGAGGCAGACAUCACAGGGAACAUCCUUCUCCAUUACAGAGCCAGUUGUCAGGUGCUGGGCAUCACUGUUGCAAACAAGGACAUGUACCUAAAAUUAACCCUCAUCCACAAUGUCAUGGAGAUUAGCUGUGCCAUCUUGGAGACCAGAGACUCCCAGGAGUUCGAAUUCUCUUACAAACUGGAGCUCCUUGGCUACAUGCUGGACUUCAUUAAAAAGGAACCACUGGAUUCCCUGGCAUCUCCAGUUCGCUACAAGGCAAUUCUUGCCAUUGGACAUCUGAGCAAACUCAAACCAUCUCUGACCUUGGAGGAAAACCGUGAGCUCCUUGAUCAGUGCUUCAAAAGUUUAUUUCCCCUUCCUCCCUUGGAGAUGAUGAAAAAGGAAGGCGAGACAGCAAAGGAUGCUCUGCUUAUACAGUCACUCUAUGUGAGGUCCUUGGAAGCCCUUGGCAAGCUAAUGGAGACUUUGCUGGAGGAAGAACCAACCACCAACUGGUUCCAGGAAAUGUUUGAACUCCUAGUGCCAUGGUUCAGUUCAGGGAAGGAGUGGGAGAGAGAAAGGGCCUUGCAGGCCAGCACCCAGCUGCUGACUGCCUAUCAAGAGAUAGUUCAUAGCACAACUCAGGAAACUUUUAAUCGGUUUGGAUCUCUGAUUGGACAAAUAGCACCAUACAGCUGUGAUUCACUGGCCACGUCCCGUCAGUGGGUGGUUGACUGUAUCAGCUGCCUUCUCAGUAUGCAAGGCCAGCCCAUGAACCUCGGGUCAGUGGAGGAGGAGCUGAGCUGUCUCCGUGAAGAACUAACAACAGCUCCAGACCCUGAGGCUCUGUAUCAGGCAUCUUCCAAAAUGGCCAGGGUUGUUAGUGAGUACUUCCCUUCCGAACAGGUUGCAGACUUUAUUGAGGCCACAAUAGAUAAUAUGCUGUCAGCUAACCCCACCUUUGCCACGGCAGCUGGGCUAUGGAUGAGGAUCAUCCUAAAGGAGUGUGGAGAUGCCAUGCUGGACCAGGUGCCAGCUAUCCUGGAUAUAAUAUAUGGCCACAUGCUUUAUAUCCAGGAGGGCAGCUUGAGGCAGUUCCUGCUGGAGGCAGUGCCCAUUCUAGCUCACCAGCACCUAGAGGCAGUGAUCUCCAGCCUCCUCAGCAAACGUCUGCCGAUGGACAGUGACACCACUGAACUGUGGAGAUCUCUGGGGGGAGACCCCUUGCUUGCCACUCAAGUCCUACAGGUCCUAACAGAAAAAAUAAAGACUUCAACAAGCCAGGAAGGAAGCGUCACCUCAGAGACUGAAACUGACAGGCAUUUGGCAGUUGCUGAACCUCUCUCAGCAACAUGUGCCAUCUUUGAGGUGGUGUCAGCACUGCAGUCGAGAAAAGCUGUGCAGGAGCUGCUCCCAGAGUUGUUUCCUGUUCUCCUGCAGCAGGUCAGCCGAACCUUAGGCCUAAAGAUGCCUUCGCCAGUGAUCAGCAGCCCGAGCCUAGUCCGAAGAGGCCGACAACAUACUGAAGGCAACCCUUGCCGGUUUUCUGUCCAAGCAUUUGAAUCCAUGCUUUCCAAAGUUGGGAAUGUGAGACUGGUGAGAGAACUCAGGGAGCAGGGAACGUGGAUUCUACUUGAAAACCCCCAGACUCACCAUGAGGGAGUGUGUCUGCUGGUGAGAGUUCUGCUAAGAUUUGAACUAGUAACACCUGAGAUCAUCCAGAGCCUCCUCCCCUGGGUGAAUUCCCCGACAGAAAACUACCGAGUCACCAGCACAGCUUUCCUUGCCCAGCUAAUGAGUGAUCCCAUGCUCAGGGAGAAGAAGUUCCUUAAGAGUGUCUUACGCGUCUUGGAAGAAAGGUCACAGGAUAGGAACAGCAUUGUCCGUCAGAUGGCUGUAAGAGGUCUGGGAAAUAUAGUCGAUGGGGCGCCUGAGAAGGUGAAAAAGCACAAGAAGUUUCUUCUGGACAUACUGAUCCGGGCCUUACAUGACAUUUUCAGUUCUGAAGUCAUUGGCGAGAGCAUGAAUGCACUGGCCAAAGUCCUGAAGACGCUGAAAGAGAAGGACAUCGGUUCUUCCUUCAGAGACCUCACCCAACAGAUCCGGACCUACUUUGACGAUGAGGAUGAUGCUCUUCGCUCAGUGGCCUUUGUCCUAUUUGGCAUCCUGGCUCAGUUGACAAAGAAAAAAUGGAAGGCCUAUUUCACCGAGCAGGUUCGAAAGAGCUGGGUCACACUUUUGCUGCACCUGCAAGACCCAGACCCCAAGGUUUCAAUGAAAUGCAGAGCUACAUUUCACCUCUGUUUCCCGUUUUUGGGACUGAAGAGACUCCAACGUGCGAUUAAUAAGCACCUUGAUGGAACAGAUGAGCUGAAUCCUACAGAGCUCCAGGAGGACAUUUGCAAACACCUUGCCAAAGAGAAUACAGAGCUGCUGGAGAACUUAUACAAAAACACCAUCACGUACUUCUACAGCAGCUGGGAAGGGAUCCGGGCAGCUGCCGCCAAGUUAGCUGGCAUCAUCCUGAAACACAGAGACAAGCAGCGUAUGAAAUGGCUGGACCUGGAAUAUCUGCUGAUGUCUCUCCAGGUGCUAGAGAAAGACCCAAGUCCCACUGUCCAGCUGGCGGCAACUGAGAUCAUAAGUGACAUCUGUUCUGGUGGAGUGCUUGGGGAAUGAAGCGGAACAGAGACAAACAGAACAAGGCACUCCAGUAGUAUAAGGGCCCUACCAUUAAUCAAAUGUUAACCCCACCCCUUGACCCAAUAAGCCCUGCCCACCGAUCAUCGGAAGCCCCAAGGCGGACACCUGACCGGAAGCAAGAUGUUUCAUGUGACCCCUCUAAGAACUCCUCCCACUGUCCUCUACCAAUCAGGAUGGGUUUCACCCCAAUAGGAAUGCCCCGAGAGAAGAUUUGACCAAUCAGGGGGAGUUCCGGGGAAGGGUGACCUGUCCGGAAGUGAUUUGUGUGACCCCUCUGAGAACUCCUCCCACCGCCGUCUACUGAUCAGGAGGGGUUUCAGCCACUGGGGAUCACCCCAAGAGGAGAUUUGACCAACUGGGGGGAAUUCUGGGAUGGGGUGACCCGUCCGGAAGUGCUUCAUGUGACCCCCUUAGAACUCCUCCCACCACCCUUUACCAAUUGCGAUGGGUUUCAGCUGCAUAGGACUGCCCCAAGAGGAGAGUUGACCAAAAUAGGGUAGGUUCUCGGAAGGGGUGAACGGCCCAGAAGAGGGUCAUGUGACCCCUUUAAGAACUCCUUCCAAUGCCCUCUACCAGUCAGAGUGCAGCACCAUCACCCCAUAAGUCCCAGCGCUGGGCAGAGGAGGCCAUCUCUUACCACGAAGACGUGUUUUAUGAAUUGUGGAAAGGCUGAGAGGAGACAUGGACUCCUUUACCACCCCCCUGAGAACGUCGGACUUUGUUUUAGCCCUGAGGACCUUUGGGCUUGUAUGGAUAAAGCACUAUAGCAGUGACAGUUCCAAGGAGGGCCCUUUGACUCAACCAUGGAUAGAUACCUCAGAACCCGACCCCGAACCCUUGUGAUAGGGCCAGCUCCAGACACCAGCCCACCAAGCACGUGCUUGGGGCGGCACCUCGGGACGGGGCGGCACUCGGGGUUUGUUUUUGGUUUUUUUGGGUUCGGCCGGGCGGCGCUGGGAGGAGGCAGGGC